UUGGGUAGAGAAUAGCCCGAAAGAGAAAUACGUAUCGAAAUUGCAAAAUUUGAAAGAAAAAUAUUUAAUUAAUUAUUAAAUUUCAACCCGAAGAAGGAGCAACUUUCUAGGACGAAGAAGCAUUACUCUUCAAUUGAAAAAAGAACGAGGUUGAAACGGAAGAGAAGCUGGUCUUUGGUCCUCUCUGUUUCUAGUUUCUACCGUGGAAUUUAGAUCUCUUCCUUCGCCGAAUCGAAUCAAUCAGGGAGACGACGAAUCGACGCGAAUAAUAGUGAAGUCGAAUUUUGGAUUUUGAAGGUCGAGACCUGUUGGAUCGGGGUGAAUCCAAAUGGUUCGAUCGGGUAGUUUUAGCGUCGAUUCGUCGGCGAGUCAUCGGCGGACGCCGUCUCGAACGGUGACUUUGGGUCAUAUACAGCCACAGGCUCCGAGUUAUCGUACCGUCUUCUGCAAUGAUCGGGAUUCUAAUCAGCCCGUCCGGUUCAAGGGUAAUUCGAUUUCUACAACAAAGUACAAUGUUUUCACUUUUCUGCCGAAGGGUCUGUUUGAACAGUUUAGGCGCAUAGCAAACAUUUACUUUCUUGGGAUUUCAUGUCUAUCGAUGACACCAAUAAGCCCUGUGAGUCCAAUAACAAAUGUAGCUCCACUCUCCAUGGUGCUUCUCGUCUCUCUUAUUAAGGAGGCUUUCGAAGACUGGAAACGGUUUCAAAAUGACAUGUCCAUAAAUAAUAGCAAAGUGGAGAUCUUACAAGAUCAACAGUGGGUAGCUAUUCCCUGGAGAAAGUUGCAAGUUGGAGAUGUUGUCAAGAUAAAAAAAGAUGGUUUUUUUCCAGCAGAUAUUCUUUUUCUGUCCAGCACUAACCCAGAUGGUAUCUGCUACGUUGAGACUGCAAAUCUAGAUGGAGAAACAAAUUUAAAAAUAAGAAAGGCCCUUGAAAGGACAUGGGAUUAUCUGUUACCAGAGAAAGCUUCUGAGUUUAAAGGUGAAAUUCAGUGUGAGCAACCGAACAAUUCUCUGUACACUUUCACCGGGAAUCUUAUAGUGCAAAAGCAGACACUACCUCUCUCUCCAGACCAGCUAUUAUUGCGAGGAUGCAGUCUUAGGAACACAGAAUACAUAGUUGGGGCUGUAGUUUUUACUGGCCAUGAGACAAAGGUGAUGAUGAAUGCCAUGAAUGCUCCUUCCAAAAGAAGUACGCUGGAAAAAAAGCUCGACAAACUCAUUAUUACAAUAUUUUGUGUCCUUGUCACAAUGUGUCUUAUUGGAGCUAUAGGCUGUUCAAUUGUGACGGAUCGUGAGGACUAUUACUUGGGUCUACUACAGAAGCCAGAUUGGGAAUACCGUAAUGGAUUCGUGAUAGGGUUCUUCACCUUUUUCACUCUAGUCACUCUGUUCUCGUCAAUUAUUCCAAUCUCCCUUUAUGUUUCUAUUGAGAUGAUCAAGUUUAUCCAGUCGACUCAGUUUAUCAACCGAGAUCUCAAUAUGUAUCAUGCUGAGACAAAUACCCCUGCCUCGGCUAGGACUUCCAAUUUAAACGAGGAGCUUGGACAGGUGGAAUACAUAUUUUCUGAUAAAACUGGAACGCUGACGAGAAAUUUGAUGGAGUUCUUUAAAUGUUCAAUUGGAGGAAUAAGUUAUGGAUGUGGUGUCACUGAAAUAGAAAGAGGAAUCGCUGAGCGUCAUGGCUUAAAAGUUCAAGAGGAGGAAAGAUCGACUGGUGCAAUAAGAGAAAAGGGAUUUAAUUUUGAUGACCCAAGGCUAAUGCGGGGAGCUUGGAGAAACGAACCUAAUCCUGAUCUUUGCAAGGAACUUUUUAGAUGCCUAGCCAUCUGUCACACAGUCCUUCCUGAAGGUGAUGAGUCCCCUGAGAAGAUCGUGUAUCAAGCUGCAUCUCCAGAUGAAGCUGCCCUAGUUACUGCCGCCAAGAAUUUUGGUUUCUUCUUUUACAGGCGUACUCCAACUAUGGUGUAUGUUCGUGAGUCUCACGUGGAGAAAAUGGGAAAGAUUCAAGAUGUGGCCUAUGAGAUCCUAAAUGUUCUCGAGUUCAACAGUACAAGGAAGCGCCAGUCUGUCGUAUGUCGUUUCCCAGAUGGAAGGCUUGUACUCUACUGUAAGGGUGCUGAUACUGUCAUCUUUGAGAGAUUGGCUGAUGGUAUGGACGAUAUUAGGAAAGUAACAAGAGAACAUUUGGAACAUUUUGGAUCUUCUGGAUUGCGUACCCUUUGUCUGGCCUAUAGAGAUUUAAACCCCGAAACUUAUGAUAGUUGGAAUGAAAAAUUCAUCCAGGCCAAAUCUGCAUUACGAGACCGUGAAAAGAAGUUAGACGAGGUAAACCAUUAUUUCUUACCUAUUUUCUUUUCAAUAAACGACUUAGAAGAAAAUUCCAGAGCAUGCAACUUGAUCAACAAUGAUAUGAAACAAUUUAUUAUUAGUUCUGAAACGGAUGCAAUCAGGGAAGCUGAAGAAAGGGGUGAUCAAGUUGAGAUUGCUCGUGUUAUCAAAGAAGAAGUGAAGAAGGGGCUGAGAAAGAGCCUUGAAGAAGCUCAGCACUCUCUGCAUACCGUAGCUGGACCAAAAUUGGCACUCGUUAUUGAUGGAAAAUGUUUAAUGUAUGCAUUAGACCCGACUUUACGUGUGACGCUGCUCAGCUUGAGUUUGAACUGUACUUCAGUUGUAUGCUGUCGUGUUUCUCCGUUACAGAAAGCACAGGUGACAAGCUUGGUGAGGAAAGGGGCUAAAAAGAUUACACUUAGUAUUGGUGAUGGUGCCAAUGAUGUUAGCAUGAUUCAAGCCGCUCAUGUUGGUAUAGGAAUAAGUGGGAUGGAGGGAAUGCAAGCUGUGAUGGCUAGUGAUUUUGCCAUUGCUCAGUUCAGAUUUCUUACAGAUUUGCUUCUUGUCCAUGGACGGUGGUCAUAUCUUAGAAUCUGCAAGGUUGUUAUGUAUUUCUUCUACAAAAAUCUUACCUUCACUUUGACCCAGUUUUGGUUCACAUUUCGAACUGGGUUUUCUGGUCAAAGGUUCUAUGAUGAUUGGUUCCAGUCAUUGUAUAACGUUGUAUUUACAGCUCUUCCUGUCAUUGUCCUGGGGCUAUUUGAGAAGGAUGUGAGUGCGUCCCUUUCGAAGAGAUACCCAGAACUGUAUAGAGAGGGAAUACGCAACUCAUUUUUCAAAUGGAGAGUCGUAGCAGUAUGGGCUUCAUCUGCUGUGUAUCAGUCACUUGUCUGCUACCUCUUCGUGACCGCCUCAUCUUUUGGUGCUAUAAAUUCAUCAGGCAAAAUAUUUGGUCUCUGGGAUGUUAGCACAAUGGUCUUCACAUGUCUCGUCAUCGCCGUGAAUGUGCGCAUCCUUUUGAUGAGCAAUUCCAUUACCAGAUGGCAUUAUAUCACAGUCGGUGGAAGCAUCCUUGCAUGGCUCGUUUUCGCUUUCAUAUACUGCGGGAUCACAACACCACGUGAUAGAAAUGAAAAUGUUUACUUUGUCAUAUAUGUCCUGAUGAGUACAUUCUAUUUCUACUUCACAUUGCUGCUUGUUCCCAUUGUCUCUCUUCUAGGCGAUUUCAUCUUCCAAGGGGUUGAGAGAUGGUUCUUCCCAUAUGAUUAUCAGAUCGUUCAAGAAAUACAUAGGCACGAGUCAGAUGCAAGCAAGGCAGAUCACCUAGAGAUUGAGAACGAGCUUACACCCCAAGAGGCGAGAAGCUAUGCGAUAUCACAAUUGCCUCGGGAGCUCUCAAAGCACACUGGUUUUGCAUUUGAUUCACCAGGUUAUGAAUCUUUCUUUGCGUCUCAGUUAGGUGUUUACGCUCCACAGAAGGCGUGGGAUGUGGCAAGGAGAGCCAGUAUGAGGUCGAGGCCAAAGGUACCGAAGAAGAAGUAAAAAGCAAUAUAUAUGAUAUAAUAUUAUUGCUAAUUGUCUUUGUACAUUUAGGCAAUUUCAUCCAAUUGGGAGGGUUUUUUUUUGUUAGGGCUUUAGAUUUAAAAAUAUAUGUAGAAAUGUGAACCUCUUAGAUGGUUUACUAGUGAUCGGUUUGUGUUUUGCUUUAAAUGCCAUUUUUUUAUAGCUCCAUUUAUGAACUUACGUGGAGAGGCAAGCUUUAGGAUUCCAUUACUUCUUCCCCAUGUACAUAAAUUUGAUUUGAUUACACUUUUGAGGUAUCUUUUGUUCUUUUUUAUUUUAUAGAAAUUCACAUUUUCCCGUAUUCCUAUAUAUUAAAUUCUCUUUUAAUUUGGAGAAAUUGCAUUUUCUAAGAAUUGAACUCCGAAG